AUGGCAUCACGUUUCAUUUGCAAAAGUCAAUUCUUGAAGCAAUCACCCAUUCGUCAAUUCUCUCGCUCAUUUGCUUCAGAGACAAAACAAUCAACUGAGAAAUUCUCUCAAGAAUCUUUUGGAACGAAUGCCUGGAGAAACACCUUGAUUGCUGUUGUUGGCCUUGCUGCAUGGUAUAGAAUCGAUCAGCAUGUGACUCAAUCUGGCGAUGAAAAGCACCCCUUUACAAAGUGGAUUGAAUAUCACAUGACCAGCUCUGAAGAAAAAGACAACCUUAAUGCUGCUAAAUUAGCUGCAGCUGAAGCAGUUGCUGAAUACAAAUUAUUUUACCAAGACGCACAACGUCCUCCCAUCUAUCGUAUGAGAUAUCCUGAAUCCUUUGAACGCGCCAGCCCUCGUGGACUUACCGCUGGUAACCAGGUUGAUUUAUCUGACCUCAAGAUUAGACAAGAUUAA